AUGGAGUGGUUCGGGGAUGGGCCGACGAUUUGGGCGGUCUCCUUUAAUGAAGACGGAGGCAGCGGCACCCCGACGGCAGCCCCCACCACCAGCAACGGCGGCGGAGGCUACGACCCGUUCGCCGAGCUGUUGGGGAUCGGCAGCUUCGUUCCCACCCCGCCGUCGUCUUCCUCCGCUCAGCCCACGGGAACGGCUCCCCUGUCCACGGGCAGUCCCAGCCUCCUUCCCUUCGACCAGCUGAUGGGACCACCGCUACUCGAGGCCUCAGGCUCGAGCGAGGAGGGUGCAGCCAAGGCGGCCGACGACGGCGACUGGACCAGCUUCGGCAGCACCGCCUCCACGAGCGACGCCGUCCCCGCCGAGCAGCACCAGCAGCACACAGCCAACGACCAGGAGAAGGAGGGCGAGGUGGCCAUGGAAGAAGAAGAAAAAGAAGAGGAGAAGGAGAAGGAGACCAAGCCAGAGCAGCAGGAGCAGCCUCGGGAGGAAGAGGAGCGAGUGGGCGACGUCGACUUCUUCAAGUCGCCUGCGGUCUCGACCGCGGUGGCCCAGGACAAGGAGCUGGACCGUGAGGCCGAGGUGGUGGACCCGUUCGAGGAGGCCUUUGCCACGCCGGCCCGCAACGACGGCGAGAAGGACGAGAAGGAGGAGGAAGUGGUGGUGGUGGAGAAUGAGGCCUCGGGAGUUGAGCCCUCGGGCUCGGGCUCGGCCCUGGCCGAAGAGCUCUCUUCUGCUGCGGAUCCGUUCUUCGACGACCCGUUCGUGGUCGGCGCCACCAACGCGACCAGCGCUGGCGGCGGCGUAGGAGGCGACGGCGACAAGAGCGAAGAGAAGGACGAGGAGAAGGAGCGGGAGCGCGACGUCGAAGAGGAAGACGACAACGUGGCCGACGACGGCGCCACGAGCUUUGAGGCGUUCGCUGCCAACGCCGCCCAGGCGCCCGAACCCAAGCGGCCACAGGCGGACGACGACGGCUUCGAGGGGUUCGCAUUCCCAUCUACGCCUUCGUCUUCGUCGGCUUCCGUGCCGCUCGCUGGCGCGACGCGCACGAUCCCAGCCUUCGACUCCGAUGACGAAGAAGACGACGACUUCCAGGUGCCGCCGCGGACGCGCCCCGCGGGGGACAGCGGAGGCGACGACGACGAGGAAGAGGACCCGUUCGCCGAACUGGGCGAGCGCAGGGCGAGCGCGGAGAACGUCGCCGCUGCCGGUGGCCCGGAGACGACGUUCGAGCCCGUGGCGCCGCUCGCUGCCACCACCACCGCCACCGCCGCUGCGGUCGGCGUUUUCGACUUUGAUCCGUUCGCCGAUGCGCCGAGUUCGACCACCACGGCCACCGGAGCCGAAGUCGAGUCACACACAGAACCGGAGGCCGCGGCAUUCGAGCGGUCGCCACCACGAUCAAGCGAAGAAGCGAAGCCCGCCGAGGGCACCAGCGACGACGACGACAACAACAAACAGGACGAGGAGAAGGCGGACGGGUUCGAGGCCGCGUUCGACGAUGAGGAACAGACAACGGCACGGAAAUUCGCGGGUGAAGCAGACGAAAAAGAAGCCGAGGACGAGGAGGACGAGUGGCGGUUUACACCGGCACCGCCACUGUCGCCGUCAUCGUCGACCGCAGAGCCCACGCGAGAGGAGGCGGAGGCGACCGACGAACCACCAUCGCAGACCCCGGCUCCCGCCGUCGCCGCAGCAGCCGCGGCUGAUGACGCGGAGGACGACGACUGGGGCGAUGACGACGACUGGGCGAGUUUCCAAACGGCCCCGACGUCCGGCUCCGACGCCUCGUCGGCGGCUGCGCCCGUUCCCGCGCUGGCCCCGCCCCCCGCUGCCGCCGUUACUCCCAUCUUCUUCGAAGGCGAUGACGAUGCGCUGCUGGCGGCCUCGAAACAGCUAUUCGAAGCCGCGUUCCCCGCCAGCGACGACGACUCACAGGCAACCGACUCGUCUGCCGACGUGACCAACCUGUCCGAUCUCGUCAAGGAGAACUCUCUAGCUCGAUCUCUGCUCCAGCCACCGCCCGAUUUCACUUCCAUGCCUCCGUGGAAGGGCUCGUUCGCCGAGAAGCAUCUUCUCGAGGCGCUGGACGUUCCCGCGCACCUGAUCGGCAGCGCGGGGCCUGUCGUGCCGCCGCUGGAUCUGCCUCCGCUGCCGCCCGAAGUGCUGGCCAAGAUCCAGCCGCCCCGCCGGUCGCCCCGCCAGAAGCCUCUGACCCCGCUGCAACCCGUCGCCGCCGCUGGUGGUGCCUCGCCAUCGCUGCAGCCCGUCCCAGUCGCAGCCGCACCUACCAGGCCGGCUGCAACUCUCGCUCCGCUGCCUGCCGCGACCGGCGGCGGCUCGCCAGCCAUGGCUCCGCUCGCCUCUCGAUCGCCCGACCUGGCCGGCAGCCCGACGAUGCCGGCACAGUGGAGCGCCGCCGCCACCGCCGCGGGACAGGGCCAGCAGUCUUCGCCGAAGCCUGCGGCCCCGAGUGCCGUGGGCGGCAUUCUGCAGCCGCUCCGGCCGACGCCAGCGCCCGCGCAGCUCCCACGACCACAGGAGCCUGCGCCGAUCGUCGGCGUGACGUCGACCGGCAAGGCCGACGCCACCGAUGACAAGGAGGUGGCAGCCGCGGCGGCGUCGGCCACGUCAGAGAGCAGCGCUGCUGGCGGUGAUGACGAGGACGAGUUCGACGAGUUCUCAAGCUUCCAGGCGGCCGAGCCACAGACGACCGUCACGCCGGCAAAAUCGCCGGCUCUGUCAGCGAAAUCUACGACGACGCUUGCGGCGUUGACGGCAUCGAGCGACGCCGGGCCCAACUCCACAAACUCGAACUCGACGACUCCGGCGCCCACGUCGUUGCUCACGCCCAACCCAUCGGCCCCACCCACGCUGUCGUCGCUCACCCUCACCUUCGGCCGAGUCUCGUCGUCGCGGUCGCGCACCAACAGCGAGGAGCUCGAGAACGAGAGCGCUCGCGAUGCGCCGCUGCCGCCUCCCGGCAAGGCGAAGGCCUCCGGCGGAGGCGUCACAUCGUCGACCGCCUUUCCGGCCUUCCCGUCUCCCCCUGCCUCGUCGUCAUCGUCGUCUGCUGCCUCGGCGUCGGCAUCGGCAUUCCCGGCGUUCCCGGCGGCGCCGUCGCUUACCAAGUCCUCCCCGGGAAUUCGACCGGCGCCGUCGUCUUCGCCCUCAGCCUUCCCUGAUUUUGGCGCCUUUGCCACCUCCUCCUCCACGCCCGGCGAUCUCUACUCCAACAACUCCGCCGGCGCUGCGGCUGCGGCUGCUCCGCUGGACCUCAGCUUCCUCGCCUCCUUCACCUCUGCUCCGUCGUCAUCUUCAGCUUCGUCGGCGUCAGGCCUGCCUUUCUUUGAUGAUGAGGCCACCACCGCCACCACUGAUCGACGGCGCGAUGGCGGCGACAACGGCGGCGAUGCGGGCGACAACGGCGACAAGGCUUCAGCCGCCAACAAGGACCCGGCCGACCGCGAGAAGCGACACCGGGUCAACAGCUAUUACCAGCGGCGCAUGAGCCAGGCGGCCCUGGGCGAGAGCGGCAGCGGCACCACCACCAAGUCCCGGCGCGCCUCCAAGGAGGACGACGCCCCGGCCGGCGACAGCCCCAGCCCCAGCCGCACGCGGCGCGCCUCCAAAGACGCCCAGCUCUCGACGUCGUCGAACGGUGUCGGCGGCAUCAACGGCAGCGGCUCGCGCAAGCUGUCGACGUCGUCGAGCGGCGUUGGCGGGAGUCGAAGCCGCGAGACCAGCAGCGAGGCGGUGACGCCCAGGGGCGGCCGACGAGCGAGCCGAGAAGAGGGCAGCGGCGGCGGCAAGGACAAGAAGAAGGAGGGCAAGGACAAGGACAAGGAGUUCUUGGCGAGGUGGCUCGACCAGCUGCCCGACCUCUCGUUCAUGCUGUCGUCGACGCUCGUCUUCCCGUCGUCGUCGCUGGCGGUCACGCUGCCGCCAUUGUCGCCCCGGUCUUCGUCGCCCUCGUCCGGGGCUCGGCGUCGCUCGGCUUCUCUCUUCGACAACUAG